AUGUCUAAACUACAGAAAUUGGAAGAGGCUUGUGGAAGUAUAGCAGUCUAUCAAGGUCCACGGAAAGAACCAGAUGAUUAUUCUAACUUCACAAUUGAAGAUUCUGUAGCAACUUUUCAUACACUUAAACAGAUAAUAGAUACAGUAGAAAAACUGAAUGAAUCGCAUGACAAAUACCGAAAGAAGAGAUCAUCUAGUGCUAAAUAUGGCAUAGUGUGCCGAGUCAUUCUAGUGGUUUGGGGAGAAUGCAAUCAUUCCUUCCACAAUUGCUGCAUGUCCUUGUGGGUGAAACAGAAUAAUCGCUGUCCCCUCUGCCAGCAGGACUGGGUAGUCCAGAGAAUAGGCAAAUAA